UUUCAAGGGGAGCGACGUACAAAUGGUCAACGUAAGUUCAGCGUCUGGUUGCUAGGUUGUGUUUUCUUUUCUUUUAGUGUUUUACUGACACAUGUAAAUACUUUUUGAUAACUUCUUAGUUAACUGCAACAGUUCAAGAGGCGGCGGCUCGCGAAAUUACGCGUAUUGAGCGCAUAGGAGCUCACUCACAUAUUCGUGGUCUGGGAUUAAAUGACGAUCUUGAAGCCCGACAGAUCUCUCAGGGCAUGGUUGGCCAAUGUAAGGCAAGAAGAGCAGCUGGCCUUAUCUUGGGUAUGAUUCGUGAGGGCAAAAUCGCUGGGCGUGCCAUACUUCUUGCUGGUCCACCUGGUACAGGCAAGACUGCAAUUGCUAUGGGUAUGGCUCAGGCACUUGGUCAUGACACACCAUUCACUGCAAUGGCUGGUAGUGAAAUAUUCUCAUUAGAAAUGAGUAAGACAGAAGCUCUUACUCAAGCAUUCAGAAAAUCAAUUGGCGUGCGGAUCAAGUAAGUUAUACUUUUCUUAUAAUAUCCUCAGAGAGGAAGCCGAAAUAAUUGAAGGAGAAGUUGUCGAAGUCUUAAUAGACCGCCCAGCAACCGGAACAGGCGCAAAAAUAGGCAAAUUAACGCUUAAGACAACUGAGAUGGAGACAGUUUACGAUCUAGGUCAAAAAAUGAUCGAGUCCCUAACAAAGGAAAAAGUUCAAGCUGGUGAUGUUAUUACUAUUGAUAAACCCUCUGGAAAAAUAACAAGACUAGGUCGGUCGUUUACCAGGGCUCGAGACUACGAUGCUACCGGUGGUCAAACAAAGUUUAUUCAGUGUCCGGAAGGUGAAUUGCAAAAACGAAAAGAAGUUGUUCAUACUGUUACUUUACACGAAAUCGACGUAAUUAACAGCAGGACUCAGGGUUUUCUUGCCCUCUUCAGUGGAGAUACCGGUGAAAUAAAGUCGGAGGUUAGGGAUCAAAUUAAUCACAAAGUAGCUGAAUGGAGGGAGGAAGGAAAGGCAGAAAUAGUUCCUGGUUUAUUCGUUCUUAUUUCGCCAAUUCGUGUUUUAACCGUUCCUAAAUGCUUUCUAAAUGGAUAAUGUACAAUUCGCACAUAAUGUUUGAAGCAUGGUGGAGGUGAGACUAAUUUAUGGACGAACCAAUCUGGUAUAAGAUAACAGGUCUCGGAUUAGGCGCGGAAUUCGUUCAUCCAUUUAGUUAAAUAGAGUUUUGGCAUUACAGCUGAUAUCAGUUCGUAAUAACAAACGUCCUGUUUAUUGACGAAGUGCACAUGUUGGAUAUUGAAUGCUUCUCAUUUCUUAAUCGAGCCCUUGAAUCUGACAUGGCCCCUGUGUUAAUUGUGGCAACAAACCGAGGUAUCACAAGAAUUCGUGGUACUAAUUAUCAGAGCCCACACGGAAUACCUAUUGAUCUUCUUGAUCGUCUCCUCAUCAUUUCAACUGACUCAUAUACUGACAAAGAAAUCCAAGCAAUUUUGAAGAUUCGUUGUGAAGAAGAGGAUGUUGAUAUUUCGGAAGACGCACUGGUCGUUCUUACUCGGAUCGGUAUGCAGACAUCCUUACGUUAUGCAAUCCAACUGAUAACCACUGCAAAUUUGGUGUGUCGAAAACGCAAGGGCUUAGAAGUCAGUAAAGAAGAUAUACGAAAAGUGUAUUCUUUGUUUAUGGAUGAGGCUCGGUCGACUCUUUUUCUCAAGGAAUAUCAGCAAGAAUUUAUGUUUAAUGAAAUAUCUGAAAUACAACCUUCCAACUCAGGUGACAAACUUAAUGCGUGAAUAAUAUUGACUCCGUUUUCUUUUUGAAGAUAAUUAUGUGAACAGAUAUAACCCGAUCCAUUAUUUUCAAUUUUACGCAAUUGUUUGUACUCUUAAAGUACGUCUUUGUUCGAAGCAAAAUAUAUGAAUUAUGCAUAUGA